GCGACGCAGGCUUCAAACUUCAAUAGGUCUGAUCGUCAGGCCUGCAUCGCCGUCCGUUCUAGCAUAUCAUCGGUCAGCUCCUGGCUGCAGCGUCCGGCAGCUGCCCAAGUGGCUCCUGUCGCGGUGGCGGCAGCUCUGCCUCUGCCACCGCCGCCGCCGAGCGGAGGGCCGGCCGUGGCGGUGAGAUUGUAGGUUAGCGUGCGUCUCCGGGCCGUCGGCGCGCCGCGCCGGGGGCGGUGCCGUUGCGCCGAAUCGGGCCGCUCGACAGCCUCUUAUAAAACGGCCGCCACGCCACCGAGAGGCACAGUGUGACUCCAGCAGUCCAGCAGUUCACUUGCCAUCUGUAGUAGGCUAGUCCGACCAGGCCGCCAGAAUGAACCGCACCCUUUACGCUGUGGGAGUGUUGCUCCUGGCUGCCGCCGCUCAGGCCAGCGACGUAGCCAAUGUUUACGACGAGGCUGAUUCCCGCUUCUUGUUUGACGAGAACGCCACCACCUCCCUGGCCGUGUCCUUCUCCUCGCUGGCCGCUGGCCUGCUGGCCCUGCUGGUCGUUGGCCUCCUCAUGGCCGUCCUCUCGUUCUUCCUGUUCGGCUCGGCUGAGGAGACGGGCUACGCCACCGCCGGCUCGUCCUACAGCUCCUACGGCUCCGCCAGGGCUGCGUCUGCCUCUGACCCGUACUCGGCCGUCUUCGACAAGCUGUCCAUCCUGGACUGGAUCGCCAUGAUGGAGGAGGUCUACCGCAACUUUGACGCCACCAAGAUGGAGUGCCAGCAGCGCAUCGUGUGCGAGCUGCACCAGAACGAGAACACCUGGGGCACCACCGCCCGCAAGAUGAACGAUGCCUUCAGCUACCUGCAGUACCUGGAGCUGCUGAACCUGCCCUCGGAGAUGCGCAUGCUCCUGGACGAGUACAUGGAUGCCGCCAACAAGGGCCGGACUAGCCAGAAGACCUGCGAGGAGAUGUUCAGCGGCUGCCAGUUCAGCAUCAAGAACCUCAUCACCAAGUACAACGGCUCGAACGCCAUCUAGAGCCUGCGGAACGACGACCAACGUCUGUUGACCAGCCUGUUGUUAACUUAUUGAUAGUUAUUUAUUGACGCAUGUGACAAUACGACACCAGUGACAGAAUGCCAAAUGACACAAGACAUUGUGUGUUGAGCUGUUGACAAAUGACGGGACAAGUGACCGCGAGCGACAGUGUACAUAAGCGACGGUGGGACGCAUACGACGUGUGACUCGGGUAGUCUGACACAUUCGAAUUCUCAUACCCAUUCCGUGCGGUGUGCGGUAGGGACGUAGCAGUCGCGUCAUGCAGCAUUCAUGCAUUCGUAACAGGUAGUCCUCAUUAGCUACUAGCUCUGACGGGCGGCGCGGCGGUCGGACCGGGACGCCGACGGCCGCGCGGACCGGCGCGUGGCUCUCCUCAGUGAGAGGAGCGUAUCCACGCGCCACCGACUCCCACGUGACGUGCGACUGUGACCGACUAGUUGUUGACCAGUAUUUGGUGGUUCUUGCUCACGUUCUGACAGGGAUUGUUUGUUGUUGCCUGUUGUUACUGUUUUCUCGGACGCGUGUGACGCUAAGUGACGACUCGGAUAUUACUGUGUGUUAUUUAUUGCAUCGUCUCGACCACAAUUGACGUGAUAUCGCAAUGAGACGAGAAGGAUGGCAAUAAAUUCCUCUUCAUAUAUACGA